AUGGAACCAUGGCGGAAACGAGGCUUUGUCCCAGAUUCGGACGAAGAGGAGGAACUCGAUACCCUUGAAACGAAGGAGGAUACUGUCGAAAAUGCCAGUGAUAACGGUGUUGAUCUCGAAUACCUGCCAAUUCCAACAUCAACAGCUGUGGCCGAGUCACAGAUCCCAGCGGAGUACCGUACAGACUGUGAGGUCGAUUCGAUCGCCCCUUCGGAUACCGAGAAGACGCGAGCUGGCUCAGUGGAACUGGCGACGAGCCCUACAAUUAAGCAACGAUCGACAAGAACUUCGGAAUCACAAACGAAAGGACCAGUGGAAAAUACAAAUGAUGGGUCAAGCAACUUUGCUGUCCACGUGCAAACGCCCAUGCCGAGUCGUGUACUGAAAACAUAUGGGAAACGAUCCUCAGCUACGAAAUCAACGAAGCCAAAUCAAAACGAUGAAAACGAAGUCAAAACAACCUUCCCAAAUCAGGAUGAUGCGAUUUGGGAUAUUCCUAGUUCACCAGUUGCCGAUGGUUGGUCUGCCCGCAAAUCACGACAUCGAGAUCGCGAGUCGACACCCCGAGUCUUGACACCUACGAAGCUUUCUCAAACACCUGCUGAGACUAUACACAAAGCUAUCGACCCACAACAAUCGGGUGUUGGGAGCAGAUCCAGAAGUUCUUCACUUGACGAGCUAAAUCUGGUCGAGCAGCCCGUUGCCAAGCAAGCCCAGUUUAAAGAUGCACCGGAGCCAGAUGACUCUGAAGAUGAUUCACCGUUGUCAUCGCCGCCAUCAUCCCUUCAUUCACCUGUUCUUGAGGCCGAACAAGAGCUUGCUAAUGCCUCGGGAUCUCAACAGGAUCUUUUGGCGCGGAUCCCGCGUGACAUUGAGAUUCCUCAACAACUUCUGGACCAAAUACAGGCUAAUCCACCUACGCAAAGAAGUCUUCGAGAGCGCAAUGCUAUUCAAAUACAUCCGUAUCGCCUCGAAGACGCCACAUAUCAGAGGUUUAUGAAACAAGUAGGCCUUAGGCCAGUGCGCAUGGCUCAUGAAGAGCAAAGAAAACGGGCUGCACCAAGAACAGAUGAAGGCCCAGAACAAGAUGAAUUCAAUCCGGAUUUACUUCGUUCAAGUCCGCCCCCAGAAGAGUUCCUCGCUCCUGCGAGACCCGGGCGCCGCCAAGAUGAAGAGACGAAUGGAAAUGGACAUCAGAACCACAGGAAGAACCGCUCACCGAUUCGACGGACUCCUUCAUCCAAACGAAGAAGAAAGUCGGUAUCUGGUGCUUGGCUCGGUACUGGGCCGAAGGAGCAUGCAAUGCCUCAAGUGGUAAUCCAAAGGACACCCCCGACUCAUCGUAACGAUACAUCAGCAUUUGAUUCACUUUUCGAUAUCCCGUUGAGCAGCCCACCAGAUGCUGAAGGUGACUCGUCGGUUACGCAAACACCGCGAGUUUCAGAAGGAUUCCGAUUUCCACCAGGUUUCACGCCACCUUCAACUACAACCACUGUUGUCCCGUCAAAACCAGCGACUCCGCAGGUAGAUAUAUCCAAUACUGAAGGACUAGAUUCUGAAAUCAGCUCUGAAGAUGGUGAAGAUUCGGAUGCAUCUCAAUCAUCGUCCGCAGAGCCCACGGAAACUGCCGAAGAGCGCGAGAUGCGAAGAAUACAACGUCAAACCCGCGGAGUUCUUCCAGCGUCUUACAUUCGGCUUGCGCAAAAUCGAUUAGAACGUCAAAAAGCAGUCCAUAGCAAUCACAACGCAGCUACACAGCGAACAGAUAGUAAAGGUGUUGCGCGAAAGAUUAUUCGAAAGCGCGGCCAGCUCGGAAGACCGAUUUCUAUGUUCGAUUUCGGGGAAUCUGACGAGAGCGACGGCGGGAACGAAACCGAGAACCAUCAAGCCUCCGAGCAAGAAGUCGACAAAAGACUUGCUCGAGCAACCCAAAAUCCAUUUGACGAUGAUCAAGACAUCAUGGAAGAUAAUCGAAUCGACUACAUGCUCCCAACUGUGCCACGUAAUACUUCAAGCUCACAUGGCUCAAGAAGUCUGAAACGACCAAAGUCGAAAGAAAAAUCAAAUAAGAUCGAAAGACAAGCAAAACGAGCUCGCUUGAAAAGGCAAACCAGAAUCACCGAUGCUUCAUACGGUGGCCAUCGAACAAAGCAAUCAUCCAAAAAGUCGGCGCCAAAAUCAGUUUCAAGGUCAGCAUCAAGACCAGCGCCAAGGUUGGGCAUUCUUGAUGCACCUGAUGUCACCUCUCGACCACAUCAUGAGCAACCGCAGUUCCUCAGGAUCGCUGCAAGGGGUGCCCGUUCACGUCGAGAUGCAGGAAGACAGAGUCCGACUCGGAAGUUCUUUCAAUUAGGUUCAAAAUUUGAUACAGCAGAUGCAAACGAGUCGUUGCGGGAAUGGAAACGAGGAAAUAUACGACAGUCUAAAGUUGUUCGACCUCAAUCCAAGCCUCGCAAGCGGCAGCCACUUGCACGCCUUUCAAAUGGAGGCCAUCGAGCAGCGCUAUCUGCUCUAAGAGCUCGAGAUUCAAACCAUGCUCCUAACACAGAGCCUGAUGUCAUAACGGUAGAUGAUGAAGGGCCUAUCAGCGGAGAAAACGCCCCAUCAGGGACCGCUGCAUUGCCCACUGCAUUACUGCCAGCUCGUAAUGCAGCAGCUGUGCAACCGAAGCAACCAGAGAGGCAAGGGAAACAGUGGAUUGUUCGUCGAAAUUUUGCGAUUUCAUCUUUGAAACGAAACGACCCUCGCCCUGCUGCGACGAGCUUAGUAGAACGUGAGAGCCAAGCGGCAUCCAAAGCCUUCAAUCGAUCGUUGAGUUUACUCAAUCGCAACUACCGGAGAGGGAAUAAUACUCAGACCUUCCAGCCUAGUCUUCCUCUGAACCGAUACAUUUCUAGUACUGGAUCAUUGAGCAAUUCUUUAACAACUCUCGCGAGCCCAUCACCAAAAGCAAAAGCCAAUGACAGUCGUCAGCCAACAAUUACCCAACACCUGAAGCAGCGACGUCGUCUGAAGAAGUCCACACCUCAUCGAAUCAAUCUCGAUGCAGAUGAGUUUGCUCAAGAUCAAAUCCAGGAGCCGGCCGACGACUUGGAUUCUUUCCCCAUUGUCCCAGCCACGCCAACCCAACAUUCGUCUUUCAACGUAGGAGGACUUUUCAACUGGCAGCCGUCAUACUCGCUCGACUUUGGCAUAACGCCCUUGCCCGACGGAAUUUUCUUUCAUGAAUCCACAUUCAUAGGGAGUGGAGAAUUCUCUCGGUCGUUACAUCUUAAAAAUAGAGACCUAGAUCGCGAAACGAGGUCAUCUUCAAUCGUUUUCAAGGACCGGAUGUUCCAUUGGAGCUCUUGGAAUGAUACAGUUUCCUCCCAAAUAGGAUCUGUCUUUGACGCUAUGACCAUAGAAUCCGAGAAAUGCUCUGUUUCCUCUCCAAUACCGAGCACAGACCAUUCGUUAGAAUCGGCAUCUGUCGUAUAUCGGUCAUUGAUUACUUAUGUGACUGAUCACUUGUCGUUUAUCGAUCCUGUUGACAGGAAAGCUUUUGUCGAGCGAGCAAUGGGGCUGGUGUUCCGGCUCAGAGAACCACUAGCUGCGUUUAUAAUGAGUGGGGAGUUCACCAACAGUGGUCUGCUGAUAAUGGCGUCCUACAAUCUGGUGUUUGCAAACCAAAUACACCAGAUCUCUUCUCACCCACUUAUUAGCCACGAGCUUGCCAGUGACGCUUUGGAUCUCGUCAAGGCUUCUGCCAAAGAUGUCACUGCACUGGCAUUGAGCGAGGUCGGGAUCGCGGAGCUCCACCGUCUGUUGAAGGAGACCAAGAGCUCCGAACGGCGUGAGGCAGGUAUUCGUGGUGAAUUUCCAUCGGCAACUGCUUUAGUUAUCUCUAUGCAACUUUUACGCAGUUCGGAAUCCUUCGGUGGAUUGCUUGCUGACUUGCAUAUUGAGGUCUAUACCAAAUGCCUUCUUCGAAAUCAAAAAGAUAUCACUGUUCUGGAAUUUGCAUGGCAUGGCCUGUUCACAACUUUACCACUGAAUGAGAUCGAUGAACGAGGCAUCUCACGGCGUGAAUCUCGAUUCAAGAAAGGGAAUGACAACUGGAACCUUGUCAAAAAGCUUCUCUCUCCUGUAAUGGACAGUUGCGACACGAAUUCUGCUACCCAGCCUAUAUCUUACAAUUCAUACUGCCGUGUACUUUUUCAGCGAUCUCAUCGGCUUAUCAAUGCAUGGGGAUGGAAGGACUGCAAGCCUAUUCUUGACACUCUUUACGAUUUCUUCGCUCGCAAGCUUCUCCACAAUUUGAAGCUUGAGGAAAGUCGUGGAUCUCCGGCCUUCCUUGAUGAGCUAGAUAAAAAGCCGUCCUUGGAAAUUCGAGCUGGAGAGCCGUGCUUUCAUACACUGCUCAAGAUUAUUGCAAGCGGUUUGCGUUUCAUGGCUCUGAAGUAUGACAAGAAGAAAAUUCGAAACUUUGCGUGGCGCCUUCUUCCGAAUCAUGGUCGCGUUUACCCCAAGGAAAUGCCCUUGCGUCACGAAGAUUUGGACGCUUUAAGAAACCACCAUGAUCUGCUCUGUACGUUGUACUGGGCUGUGCCAGAUGGCUGUCGGCCUCGAUUGGAGGCGAUUAGAAAUCUUGUUCAUCCUGGGAGUUCUCACCGGGAAACAUGCAAUAUCAAUCUGAAAUCAUGGACGAGGCUUAUUCGAUUCAAGCUGUCUACAAAUGAAGAUCUGUCAGGACUAGAACCAUUUGCGGAUUGGCAUAGCUAUUUCUUGACAGAGCUUGAGCAGCAGCAUGCGAAUGUUCGGAAUGAAAUCGAAGCACAAAGCAAAAAUGACCAAUUUGCUUCCAAAGAGCUUGUUGAGAGCACCAUAUCACAAAACCAGCGACAGAUUGAGGCUUCCCUGAACUUGGCUCUUUCGGGGCUACGUACUGCUGUUGAGCUUGCUCCAUCGUUGGAGCAUGCAUACAAACUGAUAUCGAAAACUCCCUUUGAUUCCAUUGCGAGACUUUUCAAUGCGAAGCAUGCACGAGUCAAUAAUGUUGUUUCGGAGGCUCUACAAGUGAUGGUGGCUUAUGUCAAGAAAGAUCCCCCCUCACCUGCUACACCAACCCCUGCCCCUGCUCCUCCAGCCAUGAAUUCGACGGAAGAAGAUAGCCAGGAGUUUGAGGGAUUCGAUGACUGGACUGAUCUUGAUGCUGUUUUGGUCCAACAAGAUACCCCGGCGGAAGAGAUCAAGCAUGUGCUGACGGCCUUCAAUCCAAUUGUGUUUCGCCUUGUUUCCAAUUGCUUCGGUCAAGAAAUUUGCCCUGAGGAUGCAAUUCUCAUGAGUGUUGUUGAUUGCUGGGCCUCUGUUGCAAAUUUCCUUGUUCAGCAUGGCUUGCAAGGCUGGGAUAACUACCUAAGUCCGUUCGGAGAUCAGUCUUGGUCACAGCUUCGGCGAACAAUGCAGACCCGAAAGUAUGCCGCCCAUUUCUUUGCUGUCUGCAUCGAGAGAGACUCCGAAAUUCUCACUGAAAGCCGAAAUCUUGUCAUGGGAACAUGGAUAUCGUCUCUUGCUGAGCGCUCGUCAAUGCUCAAGUUCCAACAUCGUCUGACAACAGCAAUUCUCAAUGGCCGACCUCAGGACCCGAUGCUUCAAAAUCUCCCAUUCACAACGGAUAAGAGAGAUGAUAAGUACCACAUCACUCUAGAAGAUCUCAACCAACGACGAAUAUUGCUUUUCUCGAGCAUUCUCUCAAACAUGCGCGAACAUGUCCUCCAAUUAGAGGCUUCCGGGAGCCGGGACCUGUCUAUCACAAAACAAGAGUACUCGGAACUACUUCAACGUUUAAUGGCAUCCAUGAAAGAGAAUUACUGUGAGCUUGGCAAUGGGACUGCGGAGUCUGCGCAGGGCGCCUAUGUCGAAUUUGUGCAUCGUAUCAUUAGGUUCCUGCAAGAGCUCACCAGCGAUAUUAAGCCUGUCGAUCCAUUCUUCACAGAUCCUACCCUGUUCCCUCUACCGACCACAGAUCCGCGGUACAUCGUCGCAAAGCUGAAGCGCUACGGGCCUAAGCUCACAUCCAAUAAGGAAGUUCAAACCCUGACAAUGUUCAUUCAAAGUAUUGUCGAAAGAGCAACCGUGGAGUGCCAGCAGAGCCAUCUGGUUGGUCAGCUGUACACUGCUAUGAAAGAUAGCUACGAAGCGGGGCAGUCCGGCAAACCUACCCUCCGAGCUGUCCUCUUCCAAUGCGUGUUCCCAGCGUACCUUGAACUGGCUUUCAGUACUCCUGCCGCUUGGCUGCUGAGCCGACCCAUCAUCCUGAGCAUUUCCCUCGUGUUCCAGGAUUUGUUACUCAGCCUUGAUACCAAUGACCCAGCAUGUGUGUCUUCUCUGUUGAGGAUAUACGAUGCAAUCUUCCAGGCAUCGUAUCGCGCACUCCGGCCAUUGUCUACAUACCCACGACGAUUCAGGGACUCCACUACCUUGUCCAUGCUCGCCGAAUUCCUCAAGAUGGUGUCUUCGUCUCUUGUUGUGGUGGACUACAUCGACCGGGUCGCUGGUGCCGCUGAUGGGCUCAUCUCUUAUAUCCAGUGGUUCCACCAUCUUUCUACUGCUGUAUCAUCAGCAGUAGAGGAUUCUGAGCCUGGGACAGCAUCAGACGCAAGUAUUGCGGCCAUCCCCACCCCAAGGCAAAUCACGGAUACCUCUGCGGCUGAAGUCCCGCAACAUCUUGUCACGGGGCGACGUCUCGCUUUCGAAGAUCACCAGUCUUAUCUCAAGUUAUGGAGACUUCACGAUGGCAAAUACUACUACACCCGUCAGGGUCACGACUCUAAGGAGGUGUCUCUGGAUCCUGAGAUUGCUGCAGUUACACAAGUUGAGACCGCUGCGAAGGAGGCAUUCGAAGAUGCAAGCGAUGAAUUUUCGGAUCUGUUCGAACAUUACGAGUUCUUUGCUGCCUGA